AUGGCGAGUCUAACUGCGAAGCGAUAUUCUGCCACGAUUCGAAGAAGGAGGUUGUUCAGCAGCACAGCUAGCAAUGGGAGUGCAGGGCCAAUGUUGCGAAGACGUGCGAGGCUGUUCGUGCGUGGUAGGAAGCUCCUUUUUGCACAGACGGGCAUUAUGGAUGAGACCUUCGACCCUGACAAAGGCGUGUCCUGCAGGAAUCCUGCCUUAAUGGAUGAUGGAACUGCGACCCAAUGUGGUAGCACAAUUGAUGGCAUAUUAGGAUCGUGCCUUAAUGGAACUUCCUCAGCCAUGACCACAACCAAUAUUACCACUGAUCAAGAUGCUCUUCUUGCGUUGAGAGCUCGCAUCACCUCACAGGGCCCUCAUCAAAUCCUGUUGAAAAACUGGUCUGUUUCUUCCCCUGGAAAUAUUCCAACAGAGAUUUUCAACAUUUCCUCACUGGAAUCGAUUUUCUUCCAGAAUAAUAGUUUAUCUGGUAGCAUUCCAGAUAAUAUGUGUCAACAUCUUCAGAGACUCAAGUGGAUUGAGCUGUCAGGGAACAAGUUAAAUGGUCAAAUACCAUCAAGCACACAUAACUGUUCACAACUUCAAUUGCUGGACCUUUCUUCGAAUUACUUCACUGGAUUCAUACCAAAAAAAAUUGGCACUUUGAAGGCACUUGAGCGGCUAUAUCUAAGCUGGAACAGUUUAGAAGGUGAAAUUUCAAAAGAGAUGGCUAAUUUAACUAUGCUGAAAGAACUUGACGUUGGUUACAACAGCAUAACAGGUGCAAUACCCCAAGAGAUCAGCAAGCUACGCAAUUUGGAACUACUCUACUUGUUGGUGAAUAACUUAACUGGUUUCAUUCCAAUGCAGAUCUUUAAUCUGUCACAGAUAAGAAUUUUCAGUCUUACAAGAAACAAACUUUCUGGCAAUCUUCCAAGGAUGGGUUUUCCAAAUUUAGAGGAGCUUUAUCUCGCCGAGAAUAACUUCUGGGGACCAAUACCGGACUCUAUCUCCAAUUGUUCUAAACUGAAGAUAAUAGAAUUUGCUUAUAACAACUUCGCAGGUUCUAUUCCCAAUUCCUUUGGGGAUCUAAGACUCCUAGAAAUUCUAUCUCUAGGAGCCAACAAUUUAACGAGUGACUACUCUUCAUCUAGUUCAGAGCUGAGCUGGAUCAAUUCCUUGGCAAAUUGCAAACAUUUGAGAAUACUUAUCGUGAGUGAAAAUCCGCUUAACGGCUUUCUUCCAAAUUCUAUUGGCAAUCUUUCAACUUCGCUUCAACAACUUUCUGCAUACAAUUGCCACUUAAGGGGCAGCAUUCCGGAUGAAAUUGGCAACUUGAGUAGCCUGAUCAUUUUAAGUCUGUUCACUAAUCAGUUAAGUGGGAUGCCGCCAAUUACCAUGAAAAAUUUGGAAAACCUUCAAGGGUUAGAUCUUCACGACAACAAGUUGAGCAAAAACUCCCUUGAUUAUCUAUGCGUUCUGCAAAACUUGGCCGAAAUAUAUUUGGGAGCAAAUCAAAUAUCAGGAUCCAUUCCGGCGUGCAUAGAAAUGUUACUUCUUUGA